UGGUCAGCUGACCCUGAGCAUGGGCCUGGUUAGAGAAGGGCGAGCAUCAAGGCAGAGUGAUGGAGAUGGAUAUGCCUAGUAUAAGUGUUUGUUUGCCCAUAUCUCUCUUGGGUGUAUCCUAUUGCAUCUUAUGGCUGUCGCUUAGAUAGGGAUCACACCACCUUGGUUGGGGUCCGGAUUGUUGGCUAAGAGCUACGAGGGAGGCUAAUCGUCACAUCACCCCGCCACUGUCACCCUCCGCGCUCGAUUGUGCAGUGGGCUGACGACAUGCAUAUGUCAACUGGCGCCCUCGACACCAGGCGCAUAGGUGGCCAACCUAUGUCAACCCACUGAUCCCACCCCGUCGCUCUCACCAUGACCUACGAGUUUUACGACCGAACAUUCCCGAUUCCAGAUCCCUAACAGCAACAUGCCCGACGACUCUGCGUGGAACCUGGGGGAGCCGUGGAUUGCCGAGGCCAGUGAGGCCGCCAUCAAUGGAGCUACCCGCGGAGGUCAUGUCGACGUCGUGUGCCUGCUGCUCGCCCUCGGCGCAGAUGUGGACUCCGAGUGCACGCAUAAUAAUGAGCUACACACACCGCUUCAACACGCCAUAGAAUCAAAUAAUGUCAACCUGGUCCGCCUCUUCCUCGAACACGGUGCCGAUGCGAACUUGAAGUUCUUCGAUGGUGCUCCGGGCGAAGCUGUUGACCAUCGCCACGUUUGCUUUGCCACCUCUGACUUGGACAUCCUCGACCUUCUAUUAACCCGCGGAGGGCUCGAUAUUAACGAGAUUAGGACAAUGCAAAGCUGUGGAAUAGACACCACAAGCAUUCCCUCUUUGAGAGCACCUUCGCAUAUCAUGUGGUGCAGCAAGGUGCCGAAAUGAUCGAGUGGGCAAUGAACCGAGGUCUCAGCGCAUCCAACAUGCUCCUCGAAGCAGUCAAGCCUGGAGACUAUGAGACGCUGCGGUACCUGGUGCUCGACCUAGGCCUCAAAGACGCCGACUUCUACCCGCUAUCCGAAAUUCAUAGCUGGCGAGAGGGCCAGUCCGAAUCAUUCGACCAAUGCCUACCCGCCAUCAACCUCCUCGUUGGCACCUUGUCCGAGGACAGGGCCAAGCAGCUACCAACCGUCCUCUGUGCUGCUCUGGAAAACGAUCUCAAGGACGUGUUACAGUUCUGGCUGGAUUGGGGGGUCGACAUAAACGGCUAUUCAACCGUCGGUCUGACUGCAUUGCACACAGCAAUCAUUAGUCACUGCACGGUAGACUUCGUCGAGAUGCUUCUCGAGCGAGGUGCAGAUGUGAACCGCCGCACAGUUGGCUUCGCCCCCGAGCGUUAUGGGCGCAGUGUCCACGGUGGAAGCAACGCUUUGCACCUUGCCUACUCAGGAGGCAGGAAAAUGAGGGCAGGAGUCGCCGAGGCUCUGUUGGCUGGCGGCAUCGAUCGAGAGGCCCGAAACGAAACCGGUUCUACUCCGAUCCACGAGCUCGCCACAUUCAUCGGAACAAAUGGUCUUUACCCAACCGAAAUUGAAGAAGCGAUAAGAAUCCUACGAGACUGCACAAGGGAUCUCAAGGAUAUCAAUGCGGUCAACCACGAAGGCAAAACCGCACUGCAUUGCACCGCUGGCGCCGAGGGAUUCCUAGAGUACCAGAAAGAAGCCGCCAUUAUUCUGAUCCAGCGGGGUGUCGAUCCGAACAUCAAGGACAGCAGUGGAAUGACGGCAGAAGGCUUUUUUCGACACGCUCACGACGUUUCUUUCAAGGAUUGGAUCGAGUUGGGCCUAUGUGAGGCCGUAGAGCAAGCGUUGGGACUGGAUAGCCUGGCGCAGUGCCGCGCUUUAUACACAACUCGUUCUCUAGCAAAACAUAGGCACAUACAUGUGGCACCCAAGCCAUCACCACCUCCCAACGCCCGCCCAGUAAGUCUCGGUGCUGUUGGCGGCAGGAUAACAACCACGCUGCCCUAGAUGGCUGAACAUCGAAAGCAUGGGCCAGUCAGGGUGUGAUGGAAAGGGGAGAAACUUACUGCGCCUUGUUUCUUCUUCCCCCUUUUUUUGUCGGUCCCGCCUUGUCCCUACGACCAACAGCGCCACCAGCGCCGCGGGAGCCCCCCGGUGCGGUCUGGGCCGAGGCAAGAUUGGGGAGGGGGGUAAUGCCCAACAACGGCGCAACGUGAUGGUCGCACUAGCUCGUGCGAGCCUACCGUCCCCUUCCCAUCUUUCCCCCUUAUCCCGCCGUGGCAAUGUUGUCAGGGCCCAUCCUACAGCACCGCCCGCGGUGUGUUUGUGUUUGGGGUUCCAUCGGCCAUGCAGGCCUGGCUGGGGAGAUGGCCACGGCAGGCUUUUGACUCAGCAACAGUCGGCAUCAAGGCUCGGAAUAGGUUGGUGUGGUUGUUGGUUCUCGAGCCGAAGCUCUGGGGUGUGGGUUUGCCGUGUGGAAUAAGCGCAGUGCUAACUUCCAUGCCCUCUAGCGAAGAGGCGCAAUGCGCGCGCAGCUCCCCAAAUAGCCCACUAUGUUUUAGCCUGUUAACCAACAACCUGCCAGCUCCUCUCAGCCCCAGGGCGCCAUUGCAUCACUUCAAAGAGAGAGAAAAAGAAGAAGUAAAAGAGGAAAACAAAAACAUACAACACCGAGGAUUCCCCAAUGGUCACCCACCUGAGUACUAGUUCGGACCUCAUAUGUUUUGGUACUUGGAGAUUUUGAGAGCGGAUGGGAUCCUAGGGGUCCAGAAACGGAGGGUUUCGCCUACAAAAAACGGAUGCCUCUGCUCCCCUUUGCUCCCACCGUCCAACGGCCGUCUGCUGCGCCUCACCCUAUACACCCACCAGGGAGAAGACGGCGAACGGCAUGAUGGAUACAGAUAGAGUUAAGGCGUUACGGCGUACAAGAAUGAUAAAUUUCGUUAGGGGCCUCGGUGCUUUUCAAGGCAAUUUGAAAACCUUACCCUGUCUGCCGAUCGUGAGGCCACAAGUCAACCAGAAUCGUGUAUCAGGAAUAUUAGUGGCGGCGCCUUUUCCUUUUCAGGCCUUGUGGCAGCUGAGGGGGUAACCCCUUGCUUGAUUCCCAGAGCGCCUGAGCGUCCGCGCACAAGCCAAAGUGUUCAAGGAACCCUCGAGCAGUAUAGCACCGAUCCCGGAUGCGGUACAAGUCGAGGCCGCUCGGAACUGGUCUUCGCUCGACGGCCGCUUGGCAGCCCUUGCAGCUCAGGUGGCGGGUGGCCUUGCCAAGCGGCGAUGCCCGGUCGAUGUGCGGCAGGGCCGUGACCACCAUGCACCUCGCGACCUCCGGGUCCUCCUUGUCCGCCGGCGGCUCGGGGCAGGAGGCGCCAAAGGCGUCGAGCACCGCGGCGCAGGACACCAAAUACCGCCGUCGGGUUCGACGCUGGUCCCACAGCCCAUAU